CUCGUCAUUAACAGCAAGUCUCGACCUUCCGUUCAGGAUAUAAUACUGUAAGCAUAGCAUAGACGACGAAGAAUGGAGGUACGCAACACGAACCGUCCCUCUCGCGUCGCCUAACAAGCCACACCACAUCCUCUCUCGUGGCCGAGCAACAUGUCCGCCCCGAAGAAGCAAGACAUCGACUACGCCAUCAUCGGCGGCGGCAUCACUGGCCUCACCCUAGCCAUUGCCCUCACCCACCGCGGCCUGACCGUCAAACUCUACGAACAGGCGCCCUCCUUCGCCGAGAUAGGCGCGGGCGUCUCCUUCUCCCCCAAUGCCGUGCAGGCGAUGAAGAUCUGCCACCCGGCCAUCAACGAUGCUUUCGAGCGCGUGCGCACGCGCAACAUCUGGGAGUCGAAGCAGGACGUGUGGUUUGAUUAUUACGACGGCUAUCACGACACAGGCGGGCCGCCGGAGAAGCCUGCCUUCACCAUUCGGAAUAGUACCGGGCAGGCGGGCGUGCAUCGCGCACAUUUCCUCGACGAGCUGAUUAAGAUUCUGCCUCCGGAUGUUGCUGUGUUCGGGAAACGACUUGAUUCCGUCUCGCAUGACGAUCGUGUCGACGGAUUGUACACGCUCAAGUUCGCGGACGGGUCUACUGCUGCCGCACAUGCUGUUCUCGGCUGCGACGGCAUCAAGUCCCGUGUCCGCUCCAUUCUCUUUGGCGCAGACCACCCGUGCGCCGCUCCGACGUAUACGCACAAGUAUGCCUACCGGGCACUCGUGCCCAUGAAGGACGCCAUUGCGGUGUUGGGCGAGGAGAUGGCGCAGAACGCUUGCAUGCACAUGGGGAAGGGAGGGCACGUGCUGACGUUCAACAUCAAUCAUGGCCAAGUCAUGAAUGUCGUUGCAUUCCAUACGACAGAGAAGGAGUGGCCAGAUAGCACGCGGCUGGCGACUUCUGCAAAGCGAGAGGAUGCGUUGCGCGACUUUGCAGAUUUUGCGCCGUACUUGAAGAAGCUGUUGCAUCUGGCGAAGCCGGAAUUGGAUAUUUGGGCCAUUUUCCACCUAGGCGACAAUCCAGCGCCAGCAUUUGCCAAAGACCGCGUGUGUAUCAUCGGCGACGCAGCACACGCCAGCUCGCCGCACCACGGCGCAGGAGCGGGCAUGGGAAUCGAAGACUGCGCCGUGCUGUCCAGUCUCCUGGCGGAGGAAAGCGUCGUCAGCAGCGCGCACGUUGCCCACGCUCUCAGCGUGUUCGAUCGCGUGCGGAGAGAGCGAGGGCAGUGGCUGGUGCAGAGUAGUCAACAUAUCGGCAAUUGCUAUGAGUGGUUGGCCGAGGGGGUGGGAGAUGAUCUGGAGAAGGUGGAGGCGGAGAUCAAUCUUCGGAAUGGCAUGAUUGCAGAUGUGGAUGUGGCGGGCAUGUGUGAUGAUGUGGUUUCGCAGUUGCAUCGGCAGUUGUCACGAGCUAAUUUGUCGUAGUUGACUUGAUGUCGAUGGAGUAGUAUAUUGAUGUUGCAAAAUCAACAA